AUGACAACAAACGAUACCGAAGAUCUUAUUCCAUCAGCUUUUUUCAAUCGAAUUCUUCUCCAAUCAGGCCAAUAUUCAUCAUCGAACCCUCAACAACCACUGCUUCAACCUGAUACUGAAAAACUACUUGUUAAUUUAGCAUCAUUAUUUGCUCAAGAACUAGUUUCCAAAUCAUCGUCUGCAACACAAAGACGAAUAGGAACAUCGUCUUCAACUUCUAUAAAAGAAAAUGAUGUUAAUUUUGUUCUAAAACAUCAAUGGCCUAUUUACGAUAGUUCUUCUUAUAAUAAAAUACCUGACAGCUGA